CGCCUCUUAAACCCACUUCUCCGCCUUCCCCGCAUUGCAUCCUCCUCCCCACUUCCCCAUUUCAUUCAGCCCAGAAAUUUCAAAAGCAAAAACGAGAAGAAAAAAAAUCCCCUCGCAAAUCCAAUCCAAUUCAAUCGAUCCUCGAAUCACGCCGGAGGAGCAGGAAUCGGCUCGUCGUCUCCAUCCAGCGGCGGCGGCGAUGGAGGAGGACCCACUGAUACCGCUGGUGCACGUCUGGAACAACGCGGCCUUCGACGACUCUUCUUCCUCGUCCUCCGCCAACGCAUGGCUCGCGCACGCCACCCCCGUCCGCAGGGGCGAGAAGGAGAACCGCCGCCCGGAGCGCGAGGAGGAGGACGACGACGUCGAGGCCGAGAUCGGCAACAUCGAGGCGGAGAUCCUGCGGCUCUCCUCUCGCCUCCACCACCUGCGCACAUCCAGGGGGCUCGACUCCGAGACCUUCAAGCGGGACGCCGCCGCGACGAAGCUGCGGCCGCGGCCGCGGGCGAGGGGGCUCAGCCUUGGCCCCCUCGACGCCGCCUCCGCCGCUGCCAACCCUAACCUGCUCCCGCAGAAGCAGUCGCCGGUCGCCGCCCAGAAGCUGAAGCCGACCAAGCAGUUUCCGGCGGCGACGCGGGGCAGGGGGCUCAGCCUUGGCCCCCUCGACAUCGCCGCCGCAAACCCUAGGGUCCCCGCGGCUCAGCAGCAGCAGCAGAAGCAGGGUCCCGCUGCCAGCCGGAUUCUGAAGCCGAUCAAGGAGCCCCCGAUGCAGCGUCGCAGGGGCGUCAGCCUCGGCCCAUUGGAGAUUCAGCAAGGUGUCAGCAGCAAGCCUGCGGCGGCGGCGGCGGGUCGGGUCAAGCCGUUCUCCAACAAAUUGAAUGCCAUCCGAGAAGAAGGCCAGUCUUCCAGGCAAUCCACAGUCCCUACCAAGCUAUGGCCGUCGAGCAAUGCCAAGCCCACCCUGGACAGUAAGCAAGGAGUACCGGCAAGUAAAGCAAAGGCGAGGAGCGCCAGCAUGAGCCCCAGGUCGAAGAGGCAGUCCAUUGCCAAGGGUAGGGGCAUGGCGGCAUUUGGGCCUCCCAAGAUGGUUGAUGAGCUCACGCCCAAAGGUGGCAUGAAUCACAUUAGCAAUACAUCCACUUGCAAGAGGCCGUCAGGGGGUUCAAAGGUCAGGGUUGUCCCGAGCCGCUACAGCCUCAUGCCUGGCGCGUCUCUGGGACUUGGAACACAAGAGAAGCGGCGCAAGGACUCUCUCACGGGGUCGACAGGGGAUGCGAGUCAGAGGGAGGAGAUCAGAACGAUGCCUGCUGAGCCUUGCAAUGAUGAGCUAUCUCCUGAAUCAAUUGACAAGGUUGCUGAGUUGCUGCCUAGGAUCAGGACCAUGCCACCUCCUGAUGAGACUCCCCGUGACUCGGGGUGUGCCAAGCGAGUUGCUGAUUUGGCUGGGAAGCGGUCUUUCUUCACGGCGGCAGCGGGCGGCGGAGAUUCCGUUCUGUCCUACCAGGCGCGAGUCCUUGAAGUCGAAGCACCAGAGGAGGCAGCAGCUGAAGCUUUGAGCAAUGAGCAGUAGUAUGAUCUUGAUCCAUCAGCUCAGCUUGCCCUUCUUCAUGAUUGUUCAGAGUGCCUGCUUAACUUGAGCAUUUUGGUGAGGCUUUUUGCAGUGUGUUACAUAGUCUAGUAUUCCAUUCAUAUCUCAUGCUUUGUUUGCCGAUUCUUUUGUCAAGUCCUACCAGAGUGUGAAGACCUUUUAACAGGUGUAGUAUAACCUGUUACCUGUAAGUUUGUUUCUAGUUUUUGAGUAAGUGUGUGUCAUGGUGUGGUACUGAAACCUUUUGUCUGGAAUGCAAGAGGAUAUCCUGCUCCAAAGCUUGCUGAAAUGGUUCCCUUUAUAUGCAAA